GUUGUAGUAGCUAGUUUUUGCGUACAAAAUCAACAGGAUUUUUUUUUGCAGUAACUUUAAGUCUUUUUGAUUUAAUGGUUUUGAUACAAUUAUUUCAGAUGGCAAGAUGAUAAUUAGAGUACUAGGAGUGUAUUUAUUGUUGUUGGUUACAAGUUGUAAUGCAACCAUUCCUUAUUUGGUGUCGUUGAAAAGUACUGAAACUAUAGAAUCAUUUUUAAAUUAUGAUAUAUUAUAUCCCAAAUCUCAACAAGUCAAGGCGCUUAUAAGCAAUUCAUUUUCAUUCGGUAACUUUACAGGGUUUUCUGGAAACUUUUCAAAAGCAGUCUUGGAUAGAUUAAAACGAUGUCCAUUGGUGGCAGAAGUUACUCCUGAUAUUAUAUUAAAAGCUUUUGAUGUCACUACUCAGGAAGAUGCUCCUCGGCACUUGGCCAGAAUAUCAAGAAAGAAAAAGUUAAAGCUGGGAACUUACUUUGAAUAUCGAUAUAACUCCAAAUCACAAGGAAAAGGAGUUAAUGCAUAUGUUCUAGAUUCAGGUGUUCAAUUGAAACAUCCAGAAUUUGAAAAUAGAGGAAAAUUUGGUACUGAUUUUACUAAGGAAGGUUCAGGUGAUACAAAUGGACAUGGAACUCAUGUUGCUGGUAUAAUUGGAUCUAAGACUUAUGGAGUAGCCAAAGAAGUUGAUAUCUAUGAAGUUAAAGUUUUAGAUAAAAAUGGUUCUGGUUCAUUAAGUACCAUUAUAUCAGCCAUUGAAUUUGUGGUUAAUCAUAGAACCAGAAGUGGAAGACCUGGGGUUGCAAAUCUUUCUUUAGGCGCCUACAAGAAUUCGGUAUUAAAUAAAGCCAUUGAUGCUGCUUAUAAUACAGGUUUGGUUAUGGUUGUUGCUGCUGGUAAUUCAAACAUCAAUGCCUGCUUAUCUAGUCCAGCUGGUGCGGAAUCAGCUUUAACAGUUGGAGCCAUUGAUGAUUAUAGUGAUGCCUUAGCUUCCUUUUCAAACUGGGGAGAAUGUGUUGAUGUAUUUGCCAGUGGAGUUUAUGUCCAAAGUCUAAGUCCAUUCUUCGAUGAACCUCAACACUUAUCUGGAACAUCCAUGGCAGCUCCAUCAGUAGCAGGAUUGGUAGCAAAUUUAAUGAGUGAAGGAGUACCAUAUUCCAAGGUCAAAUCUACAUUAAUUGAAAUGUCACUAAAGGAUAAAAUACCUAAAAGUUCAUUACUUUUAAGAAGAAGAACUCCAAAUAGAAUCGCCUAUAACGGAAUAGAGGAAUAUGAUUCAGAUUCAGGCUCUGAUAGUGACGAUGAUGAUUAGUUUAUGGUUGUUUAAUUUAAUUUUAAAAUAGAAAAGUUUUUAUAGUUAAAUUUCUGUUGUAACUGUAAACUAGACGUCAAAAAAAAAAGGUUUGUUGUUUUUCAAAUUUGGUUGCCAUUUUUUUACAACACUAUCUUUUGACAAGCGGUAAUCAAUCAAUACAUCCCUUUGUGAUAUAUGAAUCAAGGAAGAUCAGUAUCUAGUAGUUCAGAAUGCCAAAACAGAAUGCAACAGCUAGACUACCCGAUACGUCCAAUGUGUAUGAUAAUGAUCCAAUUGAGUUUUUAAAAUUGGCAGCCACUGCCAUGAGUAAGAUUUACCGAUCCUAAACUUGACAAGUG